GUGACCGCGCCGCCCGUUGUGGCCGUUGGGGAGGAGCGGGGCCGCGCUCGCCGCCUCGUCGCCAUGUGGAGAGCCGCUGCCGCCGCCGCCGCCCUGGCGCGAGCCCUGUGCCGUGCCGCGCCGCCGCCGCCGCCCCCGCGGCGGGGGGCCGUGAGCCUGGCGGUGUCGCCCGCCGCCGGCCUGGCGGACGAGCGCGUGGAGACGCGCGUGGCGGGGCUGGGCCCGGGGCAGCCGGUGACGCUGAGGGCGGUGGCGGCGGACGAGCGCGGCUGCCUCUUCCAGUCGUGCGCGCACUACCGCGCCGACGGCCGCGGCGAGCUGCACCUGGGCACAGACGCCUCGCACGGCGGCGACUACACCGGCGUGGAGCCCAUGGGGCUCUUCUGGAGCCUCGCCCCCGCCGGCAUGGAGCGGCCCUACCAGCGGCUGCUGCCCCGCAGCACCGGCACCCCCAUGCGGGUGGAGAUGCUGGUGCACCAGGGCCACAGCCGGCCCGACGCCCUGCCCGGCCCGGUGAUGGCCAAGGCCGAGGUGGAGCGGUGGUUCACGGCGCCCGGCGUGCGGCGGAUCCGGCUCAAGGAGGGAGGCGUGCGGGGUUCCCUCUUCCUGCCGCCCGGGGAUGGCCCCUUUCCAGGAGUGAUUGACAUGUACGGUGAUGAAGGGGGUUUAGUUGAAUUUAGAUCCAGCCUCCUGGCCACCCGUGGUUUUGCUGCUCUUUCUCUGCCUUACUUUGACUUUGAAGAUCUGCCUAAGGUCAUGAAAGAAUUCAAACUCGAGUACUUCGAGGAGGCAGCUAGAUUUCUACAGCGUCACCCGAAGGUGAAGGGGCCAGGAGUUGGAGUGAUUGGGACUGGGAAAGGGGCAGAAUUAGCACUCUCCAUGAUCACCUUCCUGCCAGAAGUAGUGGCUGCUGUUUGUAUCUCCGGCUGUAGUUCGAACACAGUUGCAGACCUCCAUUAUGGUGAGAUGACCCUGCCUGGGCUGCGUUUUGAUAUGAAUAAGGUCAGUGUUUCUGACACUGGUGUAUUUGACACUUUUGAAGCUCUGGAUGACCCAAUGAAUCCUGCUAAUUCCCCUUGCACAAUCCCCAUUGAAAAAGCCGAAGGUCACUUUCUCUUAGUGGUAGGAGAAGAUGAUCGUAUGUGGAAGAGCUCCUUAUAUGCUGAUCUGGCAAUUGGGCGUCUGCGCCAGCAUGGGAAAGAAAACUUUGAGCUCUUGAGUUAUCCAGGAGCAGGCCACCGAAUCGAUCCUCCUUCUACUCCGUUUUGUCAGGUAGCUGUGGAUCGUGUUCUGGGGGUACCUGUCCUGGGGGGCGGAGAGAGCAAAGCACAUGCCCAUGCACAGGAACACUCCUGGGGAAAGAUUCAGGAGUUUCUGCGCUUGCAUUUGGGCUGAACACUUCAGUACCUGAAAGCUGCUGUGAGUUGCAGAGGACUGAGCUUGAGCCACCAAAAUGACUAGAGAAUUGGAGGGACUGACUGAGACAAGUUCUAAAAUAUGAAAUAACCGAAUGACAGCUCAGCUAUGUGCGUAAAUCCAAACAGAAGGGGAUUUGUUUGGAUUAGUCUGAGUUAUUGUAACUAGGCAUCCUGAGGAGAAGUGAAAAAAUGAUAAUAAAUAGGCUGCAUUUUAGUACAAAUUUGCCAGCCUGAAUUGGUCUUAGUAUCAAGAAAUAAGUGUCUGAAGAGAGCGGUAGGUGCUUUCUUGCCUGCAGUAUUUAUGGCUUAAAGAACUUAGCAAGCCAGUCUGCACCAUCAGAAAUGGCAUACUGGUUCCCACAUGGGGAAAUGAUGGCAACCUAUGGAUGAUAAACUUUGACAUCAAAAUGAAAAAUGAUUCUGACUUUGGCUCUGAAUCAAGCUACUUCAGUCCAGAAGUCUCCAAUUUACAGCCAUAUAUAUUUUGAAAAUGUCUUCUAUCUCUAUGAAGCCAGGGUUAUCUAUUUGUAAUGAGUCUUUUGUAGCUUCACCUUAGUGGUCUUCUGCCAACAUAGUCAAUGCUUCUUUCCAACAAAAAACUACCUAUAGAGUGAGAAAACAGAGUACUUUUACUGUCAUCUAGGGAGAAUGGCAGUGCCAGCACUACCUUGUACUAGUGAUGUCAUCAUCAGGGACUCAUCUGUUUCUAUGGUGUCUUGGACAGGCAGUUGACACUCAGGGUAUUAAAGUUCUGCUGGGUAGUGCAGUUAAAUGCAGUUAUGUGAAACUCUUACUUCUCUCUUCAUUGCUUUUUUUAAAAUGGUAACACCUGUCACUAAAUUUGGGAUUAGUUACCUGUGGAACUCUUUGGUAAUGAUGUCAGCAGAUGCUGACAGCUGUUUCUGGGGAGGAAGCUGAGUUGAGAAACAGAAAACCUGGCCAACAGAAGAUGGCAGGACUGACUAAAAAGCUAAAAUAUGGCAAUGAUUAACUUAACCUUAACUUUUUUUUUAAUAUUAUGAUUUUAUCUUUCCCAUUGCUACUGGGGAUUGUUUUUCAUCCUAAUUAAUUUUUAGUUGGUGCCUUAUUUCUCCCACCAUUUGGGUAGAAAGAAACAACUUCUUUCAAAAUUAUUUGAUUUCUUAAGAGGGUCCUGCUGAAAUGAUGCCAGUGCUGGAGGCCUGUUUAACAAGGCCCUCUGUCGAUACAAUUCUCCUUCCAGGGUCUUUUUUUUUCCAGGCCAUUUUGAGGGCUUUCCAGUAAGUUACAAACCCUUCAUUUAUGAUACUGAAUUUUGGUUUGCUCUGAGAGAUCUUUUCUCUCCAAUUAACUGUCAUUAUGCUCUUGCUCAGGUCUCAUUAGCUUUUUCUGCAACUCAAUACUACUCCUUAUCAUUUGUGUGCAAAUCACGUGUUGUCCACACACACCAUCACUUCCAAUUGAACAGUUUAGCUAUUCACUCCUUACAAGAUAAGCUCUACCAUACUCACUCCGCUCAAAACAUCUUCACAGCUAGCCUCUCUAAACUCUUUGGCUGAAGAGGCCUUGCAUGGUCAUUUCUGGUGCUUGAAUCUGCACUAAAACUGGCUGCCUAGAAGUCCAGGAUGGCAGCCUGCCAUGAGGUGCAUGUUGGUGUUGCCCGUGCUUCAUACCCUGCCUUUUUGCCAAAGCCACCCCAGGUUGUAACCGUAGAAGAAAGCGUUGUCCAACGGUUUCCUUUUGCACUGUCUGCCCUCGUCAUGUGGAUCUCCAGCAGUCAGAGCUAACUGUGCCGUUGGCUUUAGUUGAACAGUGCCUCCUCUAACCCCAUUUUGUUACCCUCCUGGUAUAGAUACCCAUGUUUCUCCACUGCAGUCCUCCACAGAAUAUCCAAUGCCAUGCAAGAUCAGAAGCUGGAGUUCCAGGAAGCAAAUGUUGCGUUGUGAUUAGAACAAAACCCAGGUAGCUUAAAAAUCCCCAAAUUUCUUUCUAAAGCACAAAGCUUUAAAGGAAUUCUUACUAGCUAUUAACAGGUAUAUACAAACAAUUUAAAAGAGAAGUAAUACCUCCUUUAUUACAAGGCUGCACGUGAAUUCAACGUUUUUUGUUUCUGAAUAGUUCAUUUGUCUGGAAAGCUGAACAAUAUCCCUUUUAAACAAGGGAAGAAAAACAGAAAGAACAUAACUUUACUGUGGAAAUACCUUUAGGAGCAGGGCAGGAUACUCAUGGCCAAAAUUAUUCACAAAAUGGUCUCUAGAAAAGUGAUCUGCUUUGGCACUAAUGUUUUGUAUAUUUACAAUGCUACUUGGAGACCAAAGAGGCAUCUUAGACACUCUGUAGGUAAUAUAUUUCCUGAAUGGGGAGUACCAGAAAUAUUUAUAGCGUAUGUUAAAAUGAGUAACUGUGGCCUUAGCUAAAGCCGUAUUAUUUAUACUGUUUCACAUACUUUACAUGGCAAAAGUCCCACAGCAUUUCAUCGAGAAUACUGCUUGGAUGGAUGGCUUAGCUUUAUUAGUUAAAUUUGGGUCUAUCUCAUGAUGGAGGCAAAAUUAGGCUUGGGGUUCCAGAAACACUCCAUGACUUACGGAUGGCCUGUGCUGCAGUCUGAAAAAGCUACAGCUUGUCCGCGCCUUGCAGAGAGCAGCAGGCAAAGUUUGGGUGACUCCAACAGCACCAGGUUGUGUUAUCCACUAAAUGUUAUCAGCCAAAAGCUGACACUUGGGCCAGCUGUAAUUAGUUGACAGUGUUAUGGAUCAUAUCUUACUGCUGAAAUGUAUGGUUUGUGUUACAGGAUCAUUUUGUGCAGACACUAUUUGUAAUUUGCAAUUCAACUUUUUUCACUGAUUGACUUAAAUAAAAUGCAUAUAACGAUGCUAGGA